GCCCAUAAGCCCACCAUUAGAAGCAUACUAAUCAGUCAAGCCUCGUAUGUUAAACAUAAAUCCAACCACGACUACAUUGACCUGCUGCGCUCCCUGCGAGAUGACACAAAUGCACAUACUAUACAACCAGUGGAUGCAUAUUUGAACACCAUAGCAGAUGCCACCAAGCGAAUAAAUAAAAUACACCUAGCCAAAACAUCUUACACACUUCAACGGCUCAAAAUGCAACACUACUCUCAGAGCAACAAAGCAGGGAAAGCGCUAGCCACACUGCUGUGGAAAAGACAAGCACAAUCUAAAAUAUAA